GUAAUGGAGAGCGAAGACCUGGAGAAUGUACCUCUAGUUCGCAUGUCGGAUGUUCAGCCAGACAGAUCUAUAGAAUACAUGUCAGAAUCUCACGAAGUCUUUGAAACUUGUAUUAUUGAUGGGGAAUAUGAUCAGUGUGUAGUGGAAGAUGAAGAAUCCAACAUAGGAAGCAUGGUUUCUAUAAAGUCGGAAGACGUAAAUGAUCUUGGCGUAUUAAUUGUGUCGGAAAACAUUGAAAGUGCCAAGUCUGAGUUUGGACAAGUACCGGUACAAAUGAAACAGGAAACCGACAAAAAACUACAAAAAAAUAAAACAAUAGAAAAAUUGAAGAUAAUAACAAAACCAAAUCACACAGAAAGUUGGCCAACAUUGGAAAUACUACCUGGGGGAGUUAUAAAUCUCGGUGACAAAAAUGAUCAUAACGAAAACUUAACAACUGAAGAAAAACCGACAGAGUCAGGUGAAAUGAUGUACGCAUGUGCGAAAUGUUCACAAAGUUUUAAAUACUUAUUCUGUUUGGUCAAACAUGUGAAAUGGCAUGAAGAGGAAGCUAAGAAAGGCGAUUUGUCUAAAUUGACUCCUAUAGAGAGGAAGAUACUGGAGUUGAACAGAAGGAAUAAGGCUGACAUAGAAAGACAAAAGACUACAAAAAUAAAGUUAGACGCAAGAUUAAAUAGUGAUUUAAUUAUAAAACGCGUUUUACCCGGAAAGAGAAAAGUCGCAAUCAAGCCGAAGCCUGCCAAAGUGAGGAAAGUACCAAAGAAAUGAUAGUUAUUCACUAAUGCUGUUGCCAGAAGGUUCAAUAUUGCUAAGAAGUUUAAAAGACAAAACGUAAUAAAUUCUAUAUAUUCACUUAAAGCUUAUUAUAUAAGUGUUAUGUUUAUUUAGGGUAUUCUCGUAAUGAUCUGUUUCAAUUGACUCUGAGAUCAGACUAAGCUAGUUAAUUAAUAUUAAACUUAAUUUGAAUGCUAUGUCAGUCUGUACUUGGCGGCGGAAUCAGAGAUAACACAAAAGUGUUGCCGUUACAAAAAAUAUGUAAGAAUUAUGCUAUUGUAAAAACGUCUAAAAUGACAUUAAAAAGUGCUAAAUUACUUACAUGUCCAAAUAAAAUAUUAUCAAAACGUUAUUUUUAUCAAACACAUUAACAUGAAAAAAUUGUUAAUCUAGCAGAUGUCAUUUUGACAUUGGCAGUUGUUUGUUUACAUUUUUGGCCUUGAAUUCCCUUGUUUAAAAGAGAAGCCAUCCUUUUUAAAAAUAGAAUAGAAUUCCCUUGUCGAGUACAGUGAUUAUUCUCAGCAUUUGAUUACAGUAUAGGUUGAUCUACAGUAAAAAGCUUAUGGCUGAUUUCAGAGGCAAGGCAAGACACGCGGAAUUUUGUAGUCAAUAAAAUUCUUGAACGGAACUAAUUAAAAAUAUCU